AAAUGUUAUCUAGGAUAUAAACAUCUACAGGUUGACCUAAGGCGCAACCAUGAAUAACACCAGCUUUGCCAACGUGUCCGCAGCCAACAAGACCAUGAUGGGGAGCCCUUACAAAACAGUGGAGGUGGUAUUCAUUGUCAUUGUGGCUGGUUCACUGAGCCUGGUAACCGUUAUUGGAAACAUCCUGGUCAUGGUCUCUAUAAAGGUCAAUCGCCACCUCCAGACAAUCAACAACUACUUCCUGUUCAGCUUAGCAUGUGCUGAUUUAAUUAUCGGGGUCUUUUCCAUGAACCUCUACACUUUGUACACUGUGAUAGGUUACUGGCCAAUAGGGCCAGUGGUUUGUGAUCUCUGGUUGGCUCUGGACUAUGUUGUCAGCAAUGCCUCAGUGAUGAACCUCCUCAUCAUCAGCUUUGACAGGUACUUCUGCGUCACAAAACCGUUAACAUAUCCAGUGAGGCGAACCACCAAAAUGGCUGGGAUGAUGAUUGCUGCAGCUUGGGUGCUGUCCUUUAUCCUUUGGGCCCCUGCUAUACUCUUCUGGCAAUUCAUUGUCGGUGGAAGAACUGUCCCAGAUGGAGAGUGUUAUAUCCAGUUCUUCUCAAAUGCCGCAGUUACAUUUGGCACCGCCAUUGCAGCAUUUUAUUUGCCAGUGAUCAUUAUGACUAUAUUGUACUGGCAGAUAUCCCGGGCCAGCAAGAGUAGGAUAAAAAAGGACAAAAAGGAACCGACCACCAAUCAAGAUCCCAUUUCGCCCAGCAAUGUUCAAGGGAAAAUAGUGAAACCAAACAAUAACAAUCUUUCAGCCAUGGAAGAUGGCCUGAAUAACAGCAAAAUCCAGAAUGGAAAAGCCUCUAGAAAUUCUGUAACAGAAAAUUGUGUCCCGGCGGAAGGAGAGGAAAAAGAGAUCUCCAACGACUCCACUUCUGUAAGCGUAGUAGGUUCAAAUGCAAAAGAAGAUGGGCCUUCCAAAGAUAUUCCUCAAGCUUCAGGAUCUCAACCCCUUCCAAAAGUUGAAAACUCCAAGAUGACCUGUAUACGAAUAGUUACAAAAUCAGAAAAAGGUGACUGUGGAUCUACAAGUGGUACCACGGUGGAAAUCGUCCCAGGAUCCAAUGGUCGGAACGGAGAAGACAAGCAAAAAGUUGUGGCCCGAAAAAUAGUAAAGAUGACAAAGCAACCACCCAAAAAGAAAAUUCCACCAUCUAGGGAAAAGAAAGUGACAAGGACUAUCUUGGCUAUACUCCUAGCUUUCAUUAUAACCUGGACACCUUACAAUGUAAUGGUUCUAAUCAACACUUUUUGUGAUGUCUGUAUACCUAACACGGUGUGGACAAUUGGCUAUUGGCUUUGCUAUAUCAACAGUACGAUCAAUCCUGCUUGCUACGCACUCUGCAAUACUACUUUUAAGAAGACUUUCAAGCACCUACUAAUGUGUCAGUACAAAAAUAUAGGUUCGGCAAGGUAAAAGAAGACAAGACAUGGGGCAGAACUGCCAAUAAAAUACUACGCCAUAGCACUUUACAAUCGAUUAUGGAAUGUGCAAUCUAGGAACCUUAUUCUGACACAGACCUGUGGAACCUUUCCACCCUCUGCACUUAUAACUAUAAAAUAUAUAAACAAGGAAUUGAAAGCUCUCUUGGAUAGAGUAAGAUAUAUGUAGACAGACUUGCCCGCUGCUCUUCGACCUAAAAAAAUAAAUAAAAAAAAGAUAGACAAAAACAAAAACUUCAAAGGGCUUUUUAAGGUCCACUUAUUUUCAAUGUCUGUAAAAUGACCAUACAUAUUUUUACGUGUUUCGAUGUCUACAGGACACAUAUUCUAUUGACUCAAAGUUCAGAAUAUCAACUUAUUAGAUGGAACAAAUGAAAAAUUACUUUAUAAGGCUUUUGUUUUCAGCGAUAGACAAAAAAAAAAUCCACUCACCUUAUGACUUUUUUUGUGAUAUGUUCGUCCGAGACAUCGGGAAUACUGACAAACCUCAAUUUUUUCACAAUUUUCACCUUUAUCCUAAUGUUAAAUGAUGGCUCUUCUGUGCCUCCGUGUUUCUAGUGACUGUAUCAAAAUAUAAUUCAAUUGUAGCCCUUGUGAUAAGAAGGGUUAUAUUAGAGCUUCCUUGAAAAUAACUAGCCAAGCAAAUAAUACAUAUAUAUAAGUGUUUUUUUGUACA